AAUGUCAGCGCAAGGAAAUCCGCGUUUGUCCGUAGCUGCGUUCCGUAGUUGCCGGUUAUUGGAGGUCAGCCGCCUCUGGCGUGAGCUUGAAAUGUGAACCCAGAAAUGUCAUGAAGUGAAUCUGAAGAAAGCAAGCAGUGCCUUCAUAUACGCGGAAACGCUUUAUCUUAAUGGCAUGAAUCUCUUCUGUUUGUUAAACUGGUGCGAACAUAAGUUUCAUACAGACUGAGACAAAAGUUGAUCCGUCCGUUUUGCCCUACAGAGGCCUGCGCUAUUACAUAUAGCAGCAGGAUCAAUGAUCUACGACAAAGGGCUUGUUCGUUUUUUAUUUUGAUCACAUUAAAGUUGCAACGAUGAGAAAGGACGUGAGGAUAUUACUAGUCGGAGAACCCAAAGUGGGGAAGACCUCCCUGAUCAUGUCACUCGUCAGUGAGGAAUUCCCUGAUGAGGUUCCUCUCAGAGCUGAAGAGAUCACUAUUCCUGCUGAUGUCACACCUGAGAGAGUGCCCACUCAUAUAGUGGACUACUCAGAAGCAGAACAGUCAGAUGAGCAGCUUUACCAAGAGAUAUCAAAGGCUAAUGUUAUAUGCAUCGUAUAUUCAGUAAACAACAAGAAAUCGAUCGAAAAGGUGACAAGUCAUUGGAUUCCCCUCAUCAAUGAAAGAACGGAUAAGGACAGCAGAGUACCAUUGAUCCUGGUGGGGAAUAAAUCUGACCUAGUGGAGCACAGCAGCAUGGAGACCAUCCUGCCCAUCAUGAACCAGUACUCUGAGAUUGAGACCUGCGUGGAGUGUUCAGCCAAAAACCUGAAGAAUAUCUCAGAGUUGUUCUACUACGCCCAGAAGGCUGUUCUGCACCCAACAGGACCUUUGUACUCUCCAGAAGAGAAAGAGAUGAAGCCAUCUUGCAUCAAAGCACUUACUCGCAUUUUCAAAAUAUCAGACCUUGACAAUGAUGGCAUUCUGAACGAUAAUGAGCUUAAUUUCUUCCAGAGAACUUGUUUUAACAUACCCCUGGCACCUCAAGCCCUGGAGGACGUGAAGAAUGUUGUGCGGAAAAAUAUGUCAGAUGGGGUGAAAGACAACGGCCUCACACUGAAGGGUUUCCUGUUCCUUCAUACACUCUUCAUUCAGAGGGGAAGGCACGAGACCACGUGGACUGUGCUCAGGAGGUUUGGUUAUGAUGAUGAUCUGGAGCUGACACAAGAAUACCUGUUUCCACUGUUAAAAAUACCCCCAGACUGUACCACAGAGCUGAACCACAACGCCUACCUCUUCCUCCAGAGCGUCUUUGACAAGCACGACAAGGAUCGAGACUGUGCCCUGUCUCCAGAUGAGCUGAAGGAUUUGUUCAAGGUCUUUCCCUACAUGCCCUGGGGUCCUGAUGUCAACAACACGGUCUGCACCAAUGAGCAGGGCUGGAUCACUUACCAAGGCUACCUUUCCCAGUGGACGCUAACAACAUACCUAGAUGUGCAGCGAUGUUUGGAGUACCUCGGUUAUCUUGGUUACUCUAUUAUCCAAGAACAGGAGUCUCAGGCAGCCGCUAUAACAGUCACCAGAAAUAAGCGCAUUGAUCUGCAGAAGAAACAGACCCAGCGCAGUGUUUUCCGCUGCAAUGUCCUAGGAGCUCGGGGCAGCGGUAAAAGUGGCUUUCUGCAGGGUUUCCUGGGCAGGAACCUUGUGCGUCAGAAGAAGAUAAGGGAAGACCACAAGUCUUACUAUGCCAUUAGCACCACUUAUGUUUAUGGACAAGAGAAAUAUCUGCUCCUGCACGAGGUGCUGCCAGACUUUGAGUUCCUAUCUGAGGCUGAUCUGGCUUGUGAUGUUGUUUGCCUGGUGUAUGACAUCAGCAACCCAUGCUCCUUUGAGUACUGCGCUAAAGUCUACAAGAAACACUAUAUGGACAGCAAGACACCCUGUGUGAUUAUUUCUGCCAAGUCAGACCUGCAUGAAGCACGUCAAUACUACAGCCUGUCUCCGUUGGAUUUCUGCCGGAAACACAAGCUUCACCCGCCACAGCUGUUCACCUGCAACACAGCCGAAGCACCCAGCAAAGACAUCUACACCAAACUCACCACCAUGGCUAUGUAUCCCCACGCCAAGUUACGCUGCAUGUGCAGCUGCAACAGGUGUACCUUUUGCAUCUGUCACAACCUCCUGAACUCUGAGCUGGUGCGCUCGGUAAAGGCCAAACUCUACAGCACAGUUCUGAACAGGUGUUCCUUUUCAUUUGUUUGGCUGGCCCUUUUUGUCUUUAUUUUGCAUCUCUUAACAUCAUGUUAGCCGUCCCUAAUUGAACGUCUGUCCCUCUCUCUAACCAUGUCAUGUUUCUGAGCUCUAGUUAAAGCUUCCUUAAGGACUAACUGUUCAUAUGCAGUGAAUGAAAUCUUAGAGGCUUAGUUUGUAUUGCAUUGUGUCUGUAUUUGAAUGGCUAACAUGUCUUAACCUGUUGCUGCUAAUAUAGUGUUUCAUCUAAAACAAGCUUCUCUUGCCAUUUAUUGUUUGGUGCUUUGACGGAUAGUAUUUUUUUACUUGUCUGUCGUUUGGUCAGUGUUUUAUAUAAGAUGUGUAUGGUCUUUAUAUUCAGGUUGAUUGGUUGUCCAUACCACAGCGCUCCAUAGAUAGCAGAAUUAAAUUUUAUAAAAAAGACUUGAUUAAAAUUUUUUUACCGCGCACAGGGGUUGGACAAUGAAACUGAAACACUGGUUAAUAUAGUGUUGGAGGAUUCACGCCUAUAUAUGCGUGGCCUGGUGGCCAAUCUUCACUGAUUUUACAUUCUAUCAGUAAGAGCAGAGUGUGAAGAUUGAAUUAUCAUAUUAUCAGAAGUCUUUGUGGUGUAUAGAGAGCUAUGGUGUCCAGGGUAAUGUCGGCAUAACAUCACAUUGGACAACCCACAUCCAACAAGAGUAACUGUUGACUCAAAGGGAUGUCCAGGUAUUAACCCGGAUUGUAUCCAGACAACAUAAAACCACAGCUGCCCAACUCUGCAGAAUUAAAUGAGCCCCUCGACUCUCCUGUUUCCACAAACUGUUCGUCGGGAGUCAAUAUUCAUGGUCAGGCUGCUAUAUAUGAUCACUCGUGCCAAUGCCAAAAUGUUGGUUUCAUUGGUGCCAACAGUGCAAAUCUUGGGCUGUGACCAAUGUGAAACAUGUAUUGUUCUCUGAUGAGUUCAUCUUCACUGUCUUUCCCACAUCCGUGGGAGUUACGGUGUGGAGAAGCCCCAAAGAGGCUCAACACCUGACUUUUGCUGCCCAGAAUGAAGCACAGGAGGAUCAGUGAUAGCUUCAGCUGCAGUAUCAUGGCAUUCCCUACUGUGUUUGAUGGGCAUAUCACUACCCGAACCAUUCUGGAGGACCAUGUGCACCUAAUGGUUCAAACGUUGUACCCUGAAGGGGGUGCCUUGUAUCAGCUUGAUAAUGCACUAAUACACACAGCAAGACUUGGUCAAAUUCAUGGUUUGAUGAACAUUCCCAAGACAAAUUGAUGCUGUAUUAGGUGCAAAAGGAGGCCCUACACCAUACUGAUACAAAUUAUUGUGAUCUAAAACCAGGUUUAUCAGUUUCAUUGUCCAACCCCUGUGUGUGUAUGUAUAUGUAUAUGUGUGUGUGUGUGUGUGUGUGUGUGUGUGUGUGUGUGUGUGUGUAUAUAUAUAUAUAUAUAUAUAUAUAUAUAUACACACACAAAAUGUAUAAUAAUUAAGGCCACAUCCAAACGAAGCAAGAGCUUUCCCUAUGCAAUCUUUAUUUUUUCCUCGUCUCAAGAAAUAUCUGCGUACACACAAAACCACUGAAACCGGCUCAAAACGAUGUAGUAUACAUGCCAGACCAGUAUGUGGCGCUGUAAUUCUGCCACAGAGAUUCACUAACAACAGAGAAUAAGACUUAAACCUUGUAUACAACCUUUAGUAAAGCUUAGAAAUAAAGCUUUACUUUAGUUAAGCUAAUAGGCAGUAGCUUCUGCGGUAUGAAUACAAGCAUGUAGUCGACUGUUGUUGUUGUUGUUACGUGACGUAGUGGUGUCUGACUAGAGUCAAGACAUGGGAUGAUGACAUCAUUGUUUCACAAAAUAUACGGAUUGGCUGUACACGAAAACAUAAGGGUGUCAUUUCCAGAUUUAUCCACUCUGGGACCCGGUUUCAGGCUCCCAAAACGCCAGAUCCGUCUGGAUGAAAUGCCGAUGCGAUACAAAAUUUUUACGUAUACAUCUAAACGUGUCUCCGUGUGGACGGGCUCUAAAUUUAUGUAAAAAAUUACAUUUAAAGUGUCAUACAUUGGCAAGCUUUAAAAACACAAACAUUUGCUAAUUUUGUUAAAAUGGACAAAAGCAUUCAGAAUUCACAUUGUGUUUUUAGUGACAAAGCUGCUAUUUCUCAAUGAUAACUACAGAGGUGUGUGAGUGUUGUAUGUUUACAGCAUGCGGUGAGCAGUGUGGUAUGUUGGGGUGGUCAUGUCGGGUGUGCGGUUGUUGAACUGCCAUGCUGUGUGCAUGUGUGUAUAAGGUUGAGAUCUUUUAUACAAGAUGCGGGCACGUUUCUGUUGGCUGACGAGGAGUCCGGCCUCACCCAUCAGGUUCAUGCAGUCAGCUUUGUAGAGGACUCUGUCUACAUGGAGUCGUCUGUCGACCCAUUUGUGCCCGUUUG